GGUAGCCCCCCGCUCACCGCAACUAGAGAAAGUGCACGUGCAGCAACGAAGACCCAAUGCAGCCAAAAAAAACCUUUUUUAAGUAGAUAUUCAAAAUUAGACUGUGAAAUGGCACCAGGGAGCACUUUCAGCAACAGGCAGAACUGUGUGCAUGUGCCGGACCAGACCUGAAACAUUUGUCCCUUCAACCUGUCAUCCUUCUUCACGUUAACCGGCAGCCGAGACGUUCUGACAGGACACCACCAGGAUGCCACCCAAGAAAGUGCAAAUCCAAGUGGAGGAAAAAGAAGAUGAUACUGAGGAAAGUUCAAGUGAAGAGGAAGAGGAGGAGGAAGACAAACUACCUCGAAGAGAGAGCAUGAGACCAAAGAGGAAACGGACCAGAGAUGUCAUCAAUGAAGAUGACCCAGAACCUGAACCAGAGGAUGAAGAAACGAGGAAGGCCAGAGAAAAAGAGAGAAGGAGGAGGAUGAGGAGAGGAGAGUAA